UCUCUAUUUAUUAUUAUUUCAGCGCGAUGGGUGACCGCCACGCACACGGGCAGCAUCAAAUUCACCCACAACAUCAACUUCAUGUUCAGCCACACCACCGCCCUCUUCAUGAAGUUCGUGGAAUGAAAAGCCAAAAGGGUCCUUCAGCUACACAAAUCCUAGCUAUUGUAACUCUUCUUCCUGUUGGUGGUACCCUUCUUUGUCUUGCUGGCAUUACUCUUGCUGGCACUUUAAUUGGACUUGCUGUUGCAACUCCAGUGUUUCUACUCUUUAGCCCAGUUCUUGUACCUGCUACUCUUACUGUUGGCCUUGCUGUUACUGGCUUUUUGACUUCUGGUGCUUUUGGCGUUACUGGUCUUUCAUCUUUCUCUUGGAUCCUCAAUUAUUUCAAACAAGGUAAAUCGAUGGCCCCGGAGAAUAUAGAAGCGGCAAAGAGGAGCAUGGGGGAUGCUGCAGUGCACCUGGGGCAAAAGACAAAGGAUGCUGGACAAACAAUCCAGAGCAAAGCACAUGAAGGGAAAGAAGGAACCAGGACUACUUAAUUUAAUUACUAUGUUAUUAAGUUGGAAAUAAAAAAUGUAU